GCGCCGCAUCUCCGUUGGCGGUACGAUCCGGCACAACGUGUCAACGGCGAACUUGCUUGACGACGCGCAGCUGGCCGAGCUGCAGCAGUGGGCGUCCCAGCAGGAGGGGCCCUGGAGCGAGGACCUCCGGGCGUUCCCAGGCACCGUGGCCAGCGGUCCAUCCGCACGAGGGGCUAUCGCAGAUGCCGAGGAACCGUACCGGCCGGUGCUGUCGGGGUACGCGUGCGAGCUCUUCCGCAACGAGUACCUGGCUUGGUGCGGUGCGGUGCAGCUCGCGGAGGACCACCCAGUUUUCGGCAGCAAGGCCAACGACGUCGCGGCGUGGCUCACGGUGCAUGGCGGGCCCGCCGUGCUGGAAGCAGGCGUCAUCUGGUUCGACUGCAACCACGCCGCCACGGACCUGGUGCCCUACGCCGCCUUCGCGUCCUCCAAGGACAGCGCGCGGCGCGUGGGAGCCAUCGCGCCCCCGGCGGCGCCCAGGGCGGCGCCGGGCGCCUCGGGCCUGCUGGCCUUGCCGGGGAGCCAGGCCGGCCAGCUGCAGGCUCCUCGCGCGCCCAAAGCCGCCAGCUACAAGGACUACGCCUUCGCGAGGGCCGAGCUCGAGUUGCUGGUGGCGCAGCUGAGG